CAAACACUACUUCAUCCUGAAGUUGGAUACAGUAUUACAUUUAACAAAAGUUGACCUCUAACGAGUGUUUUUGCAUACCGCUACGUUUGAAAAUUAGCUAAUGGUGGAGGGUUUUACAGUAUGGGCUCUCAGUCAUCACUGAAUGACAUAUCAAAUGCUAUCAGACAAGAAAUAAUACGGUUUGAAAGUGUCCAUCCUAAUAUCUAUGCUAUAUACGAUCUUAUCGAUGCGGUUGAUGAUAAAAAUAUAGCCGAGUCAUUACGUCAAUUAGUUGUAUCGAUUGAAGAUGCUUUUGUCAAUAGUCAGGAAUGGACUCUAAGUAAUGCUGUCCCUGGAAUCAAGCUGGGAUUGCUCGGUUCUGUUCAAAGUGGGAAGUCUGCAUUAGUGCAUCGAUAUCUUACGGGAGCCUAUGUUCAUGAUGAAUCUCCAGAAGGUGGAAGGUUCAAGAAAGAACUAUCUUUAGAUAAUCAAAGUCACCUGCUGCUGAUUCGCGAUGAGGGUGGUCCUCCCGAUCUUCAAUUUAGUCAGUGGAUUGAUGGUGUUAUAUUUGUGUUUAGCCUGGAAAACGUCGAAAGUUAUCAGAUUGUCUACGAUUACUAUGCUCGCCUUUCGACUUACAGGAACACUAGCAAUUUACCUAUGAUUCUUGUUGGGACCCAAGAUUCUAAUUGCGAAGCGUAUGUACGAGUAAUUGAUGACGCUCGAGCCCGAAAGCUAGCCAGUGAUCUUAAACGCUGUGCCUACUAUGAAACAUGUGCAGCUUAUGGUUUGAAUGUAGAACGGGUUUUCCAAGAUGCAUGCCUAAAAAUACUUCAGUUAAGGAAUUCUAGUAAUUCGCCUGUUCCAAGACCUCUUACACCACAGUUAUCAUCAAAUUCACAACAAAGGCCAUGUGCUAACAGUCCUGUUGAGGGUGUACCUCUGGUGGGCAUAAGUCAGUCGCAACAAUCACUAUUUUCUAACGCUGUUAAUGCUCGGGAAGGUCCUACUAUUGUGAAAAACCCUGAUUCCGGUUUACAUCAAACACUUGUGAAUUCAGCAAAGCCUAAUCUCUUAAGUCUUGCAAAACACUCAUUGACUUUGGAUUUUCGACCCUAUGAACGGGAACAUUUCUUCGGGGGAGGAGGAGCAGGAGGAGAUAUGAAACCAGUUAGGCCUAGUAUCACUUCUGUAGACUCUACUGCUGAUGAUUGGGCUACUCAUCCUUUUUUGUUCGAUGGAAAAUAUCAACACCCCCUGUUACGCUGUCCAGAAUACAUACCGACAGAAUACUCAGAAAGUGUCUUCCAGUCGUAUCCACUACACAUGUAUUCAGAGUACUGUAGUAGUAGUGGAAAAGCUUUGUAUCCACCGACUCCAUCUUUAUCUUCCGUUGCAAAUUCUGAAAAUGGUUCAGUAAUAAGAGUCUCCACACCACAGUCAUUCUCUGCACCAACACAUUUUACUGUUGGGCAUUCUCCACCACCAGCAGCACCACCACCACCACCUUCGGUUUCACCAAAUUUUCCAUCAGGUGCUCUUGCUGCAGCUAGUAGUGUCUCGUCUUUUGGAUUGGGGGUUGAAGGAGGAGGAGCAGGAGUAGCUGAAAAUAAUAAGGCUGAAAAUAACGAAUCUCUUACACCUAGCAGUACUCCAACACAUUCACGAAAGAAUAGACGAAAAUCCAAUCUAUUUCAAAAACGUAACGACGAUGAACGAGAAAGAGAAAAGAAGUUGAAUGGGAUAGGAAGUGGUCGUGCUAUCCCUUUGAAACAAGGAUUUUUAUACAAACGAACUUGUAAACCAUUGAGCAAAGAAUGGAAAACAAAGAAGUAUGUGACUUUAACUGAUGAUGCUCGUCUCACUUAUCAUCCAAGUAUUCAUGAUUAUAUGGAUAAUACACAUGGUAAAGAAAUUGAUUUAAGUCGGACAACUGUUAAAAUUCCUGGUGUAGCCUUCCGUCAGGUAGGCAGUCGAAUCACAAGUAACGGCUUGCUGAGAAGUCAACUCAAUGAAGCUGGAACAGAUCGACGGUCCACUGGUACGACGGAUGCAAAAAGUCCUGAGAAUUCAGCUUCUGCUAAUGAUAACCAAACAUCAGGUGGUAAAGAUUCCUCAUCUGUUAAAAAGCGUCAUCGACGUAUUAAAUCCAAUCCAAAGAGUAAUAAUGCUGAUGGUUCAGAUUCCGAAGGUUAUGAAUUCCAGUUGAUAUCUAUGGAUCGUCAAUGGCAUUUUGAAGCAACUGGUCCAGAUGAACGAGAUGAAUGGGUGAUGCAUAUUGAACGUGCUAUUAUGACUAGACUUCAGUUGAAUGAAUCCAGUAAACGUACUCGAGCUGUUGCAGCAGCAGCUGCUGCUGCUGCGGCAUGUAAUGCAGCUGGUGGUUCUAAUCACACUCCAAUUAUCAGUGGGCUUACUUCAUCAGCAGGUAGCAGUGGUGGUGGUCGUCAUGGUGGGGCUGACUCGAACAGUUUGAAUUCUAGUCGAUGUGGUGCAGGAGAUGCUAAUGAACUGGCUGUCACUGAACAUCUGAUACAGAAUAUACGGGCGGCUGCAGGGAAUGAUUUCUGUGCAGAUUGUGGUGCUCCAGAACCAGAUUGGGCAAGUUUAAAUCUGGGCGCUAUGGUCUGUAUCAGUUGCAGUGGUAUACAUCGACAGUUGGGGACGCAUAUUUCACGGAUACGUUCUUUACACUUAGAUGAAUGGUCGACUGAAUCUGUUGCUGUGAUGGGUGCUAUUGGGAAUACAUUAGCUAACUCUGUUUGGGAAGCUGCAGUACCUGUAAAUGCAGGGAAUCGGCGAAAACCUGAUUCUUCAAGUUCUCGUGAAGAGAAAGAAAUUUGGAUUAGAGCAAAAUAUGAACGUCAAGAAUUUCUACCUCCUUUACCGUAUCCUGAUGCUCCAUUACAACAACAAUUGAUUGAUGCUAUAGCUCGUCAAGAUACACGACAGGUUAUUCUGUGUUUAGCACUGGCUACGCCGGAAACAGUGAAUGCAGCUUAUUCACGUCAAGAUCCAAGAGCAGCGAUACACAUUGCUGCUACACUCGGUAAUCUGGUUUACUUACAAUUACUUUUAUGGUACAAUGGUGAUCCAACUGUAACUGAUCAUGAAGGCAGAAAUGCCUUCUAUUAUGCUCAUUGUUCUCAAAAAUAUGAUUGUGCUGAAUUCCUCCUACGGAACGGUUGUCCAAAACAAUUAGUACCGCCUAUCCCACCACCUCCCGUUAUGCCAACACUACGUUCAUCUCAGAAUAUUAUGUCACAACAAAUUGUCCAACCACAUUCCAUAGUACACCCACCAUUACUACCGACUGGAGGGAUGUCAUCUGUGGUCGUUGCAGACUUAAGUGGUGGUGGUGGUGGAGGGAAUUCAGGUGUUCCACAACCUCAUCAUUUCUCUCAUCUUCAACAGCAUCAGUCGUCUACUCCCGUCGGUGCUUCUGGACAUUUAACCGGACAAAUGCCUUCUUAUCAUCCAAUGACAUCAGGUACUAUUGCAACAGCGAAUCAACAAAUUUCUCAAGGUUCAAAUCAUCCUCUGGUACCUGUGUCUGGAACAAUGUACACUGGAAAUGUAAAUCAAGCUUUAGGCGCUACACUUCCUCGCCGACGAGCGCCUGUUGGUCCAUUCUCCUCAAAUGCAGCCCCUCCAGUUCUUCAACUCUAUCCACGACCCAAUAUGCAUCAACAGAUUUCUGUUGGUAAUAGUAAUAGUAGUAGCAGCAGCGGGAAUACACACCGACCGACUUCUUCUGUUAUCCCUUCUGUCACUCGACCGAUAACACCGAGUGGUGGUGGCGUUGGCGGUAUGCUUCGAACAUCGUCUGUUGUCAGCUCCUCGUCACAAUUACAAUCACAAGCACCGCAUACACGUUCCGGGUCGAAUACUGCCGGCGCGGCCGCAGCUGCUGCUGCUGCGAACACCUCCAGCUUAACACAGCCUUAUAUUACAAGUAGUCAAGAAGUUGGUCUUUAA